ACUGCUCGACAUCUUCCUGAACAAGACUUAAUAGGGGCCAGUAUGCUUCACUUCAUCCAGAGGUUUUCUCAAGCAUCUUCAAAGAUGCUUAAGUACCCAUUCACAAUGAGCGUGGGAACCAGAAGGAGAAUAGAUAUACUUUCUCUGAAAUCAUCUCUUCAUCAGAACUUAUUCCUUUUGUUUCCUACAUCUUGUGUUUUCCCAUCAUUUCCAGUAUGUAUGAGCAAGACACGAUGGUAUCAUACAUCCCCAUGCAGCUUUAAGAAGAAGCAGAAGCAAGUAGUACUUCCAGCCAGGCCACCGAGCACCAUCACUUACCUGCCUGACAGCCCAAAGCCAGCAUUAUAUAUAACUUUGGCAGGACUAAUCCCUUUCAUUGCUCCACCAUUGAUCAUGGUCAUGACCAAGACUUAUAUCCCUGAAUUAGCUUUUACUCAGAUGGCUUAUGGAGCCAGUUUCCUAUCUUUUUUGGGAGGAGUAAGAUGGGGUUUUGCUCUGCCAGAAGGUAGUCCAGCUAAACCAGACUACCUUAAUUUAGCUAAUAGUGCAACUCCUAUUGUGUUUUCAUGGUUUGCCAUCCUUUUUUCUGAAGGACUCAGUGAAGCCAUAGUCUUAGUAAUAAUAGGUUUGGGGAUAGCAUUACAUGUUGAACUUUUUCUCUUGCCACAUUAUCCCAACUGGUUCAAGGCUCUAAGAAUAGUUGUCACUUUAGUGGCUUUUUUUUCAUUUGUAGUCACAUUACUACUUGAAGAUAUUUAUCCAGAGAAAGGACCCAAGUAGAAUAAAUAUAAAACUAUUUGAUCAAGUAGAAUAAAUAUAAAACUAUUUUGUAAAGUUGCAUUUUGGCAUGACCUUUUAUCUCUGUUUGGCUUUUUCCCCUUCACUAGCAGUGGUAGUUCUUUAUAUGUAGUUUUUCAUUUCUAAAAAUUAUUUCAUAGUAAUUGCUUGAGAAAGAACAGGAAAAUUCCUAACAGGUCUUUGUCAUGCCAUAUUAGGUUGAUUUACAUUCAGUCUUUCUAUGAAUGAUAUGUCAUCCACUUAAACAUUUCAAUGUUUGAUCUUUAAAAAUAUAAAAUAAAAAA